AUGUCGCAGCCAAGCGUCGUCGAGGUGUCAUCGCCAGCCGAGUUAUCAUCGACCGCCCAGGUGGCAUCGCCGGACGAGGUGGCAUCGAUCGAUGAUGUGGCAUCGCCGGACGAGGUAGCAUUGCUGACGGAGGCUAGUGCGACCCGAUUCACCCGAUUCCGGCAUCUACCCCAAGAGCUUCAGAACAUGGUCUGGAAGGAGGUUGCUCGGAUUCCACGGAUUCUAUACACUGCCACGACUCUCGAGUGGUGCCGGCGGAACAACCUGCCGUGGAACCCCAUUGAGCACCUGGAAGACUUCCAAUACCAGAUAGACUCCCCCGAGCCGCCAGUACUUCGAGCCUGUGUGGCGAGUCGCCAAGUCACUCUUCCAUACUACAACAUCCGCUUCGAAGCGAGAGACGCAUUUGACCGGCUGGUCACGUACAUCAUGGGAGAGCACGAUGAAUUCCCUCAAGAAUACAUCACAUUCUACCCUCUUAUUGACCUCGCUGAACGUGACAACAAGUUCAACCACGCAGUCCACACUUCAGAAGAAUGGGAAUAA